ACAGCAGCAGAAAUACGAGAAGGGCUUCGCGCUCUCGGCUCGAGCUCCUCAUCAGCAGGCGCACCCUCACACUCGCUCGGACUGUGCACCCGAAUUCCUGCUGGUCAAGAUCCAUGGCAGCGCGGGCUAUGGCCGUGGCUGGCCCUGUUGCUUUGGUGGGCUCGGGCUGCACAGCAUUUCACGCGAAGGAGUCGUGCAAGCGAGCGGUAGCUGUCAGUGCGUCAGCGACCGCGUCUCCAUCAUCGUCCUCGUUCUCUUCGUGUCGUGUCGAGCGCGUGCUCUCUCCAGGCUUGCUUCAGAACAAUUCAUGGCAGCCAGCAGCGACUAGCGUUGCGUGGAUCUGCCCUCGUUCCACGGACGGCUUCCAAUUGCGAGCCGCAGCGUCCGACGCAGAAAUUCCCGAGGAGAUUUUGGAGGAUUCCAAGUUCGUUCCAUUGAACGAUGACGAUCCGCGAUUCGGCCCGGCCGUGUUGUUCCUGCUCGGGUUUGGAAACAACCAGGGUGCCCAGGUCCUGGAAAUGCUGCGCGAAAUGGAGGGGGAUUUUUUGAAGGUCGUGCUCUGUACUCCGGAGAUGAUCAAGGGAACUUUAGGCCAAGCUGUGAACACUCCGCAGCCAGAUAUUACUACCGUCCGGGUCGCCAAAGGGCUACCUCCAAUUUGCUUCCUCUCAGGCUUGACGGGCGAAGAGAUCAUGAUGCUGAUUCAAGCCUUCCGUGAUUCCGGCAUGGAGGACACUGUGUUUGCAGCCCAUGUGCCCAAGAACACAGACAAGUCACUCGAGGAACUCAUUGAAGAGAUUAUGGGGGAUCAUGAACGAUUGUCCAAGGCUAGAGAACCGACCCCAGCAUGAGAAUACAAUUUUCUGUCUACUCCAUGAGCCAUGUAAAGCACGCGCCUUGGAGAUAGAUCAUCGGAAUCAAGCUGGUCCAUCAAACUGUAACACCAAAGAUGCUCAGGCCAGGAUCCAGUCGUUCAACAACAGGGGGACGUCGACAGAUGGCCAACAGGUGCAAAGAAUGCUAUGCCAACAUAAAUUUUGGAGUACACAUCGGUUUCGAACCAGUCAAAAUUGUACAGGUGGACCAUUCUGUCAUCAGAGGAAACUGGGAUUGACGUGAAACAUGAUCUUUAUGUAGAUACAUUGAUAAGUGAAACAAUUUGUGGUGUCUCAAGACUCCAUGGCCCUUCCUAG